GUUUGUGUGACGACGAAAAAGAGAUGGGGGAAUCGGUUAUGGAAUACAACGGCGGGUCGGUGUUAGCGAUGGCAGGGAAAGGGUGUGUAGCGUUUGCGACAGAUUUGAGAUUUGGUGUUAGGAGUCAGACAGUAGCAUUUGAUCAUGCGAAGAUAUAUCGCAUGAACGACAGCAUUUUUGUGGGUUUGCCGGGUUUGAUUUCAGAUGCGCAAACUCUGUAUGAGAAAUUGAAAUUUCGUUUGAACACGUACGAGCUUAGCGAGGAACGUGAGAUGAAGCCGAGUACAUUUGCUAGCAUCUUGCAGAGCAUGCUUUAUGCCAAGAGGUUUGGUCCAUUCUUCGUCGAGCCGGUUGUGUGCGGCUUAGAGGGUAACAAGCCCUAUUUAUGCGCGAUGGAUUUAAUUGGUGCAGGUACAUCGGCUACGGAUUUCGUGACGUCUGGUACAUCUUCCAGAGCCAUAUUUGGAUUGGCAGAGACGCUAUGGAGGCCGAACAUGGAUCCUGAAGAAUUGUUCGAGACCACGUCUCAGACAUUUCUCAGUGCGCUCGACCGAGAUGCCAUUUCUGGUUGGGGCGCUCGGGUCUAUUUGCUCACUGAGGACCGCAUCACGUGCAGGGAUUUAAAGGCUAGACAAGAUUAGAGAGGUGGUUGUUAUAAAAGGGGAUUCAACUGUCUAGGGGGAGUUGAAGUGGCGCGUCAUGAAGCGAA